GCAGGCUGGCAAAGAGCCCUCCAAUGUCUGAAGCAAGAUCAGAGGAGACGGGGGCCCCUGAAAAGCAGACGUCCAGCUGGGAGAAGAUCAGAAGAGACACAAACUUUCGGGAGAGCUAUUGUGAGGCGCCCAAACCGACCAGAGGAGGCGCCAGUGCAGCGACCAGGACACAUACCCACAUCUGGCUUCCCUCCCGCACAAUUGUGUCGCCCAGCCAAGCCGGAGGUAACGCGGACAUUCGAACCGCUGUCCCUAUGUCGUCCCCCACUGGUAAAGUGAUGGAGGCGGUGAAAGCAGCCAUCUCUGCUGGCUACAGACACAUCGACGGAGCCUUUGUCUACGAGAAUGAGGUGGAGGUGGGUGAGGGCAUUCACGCCAUGAUCAAGGAAGGAGUGGUGAAGAGGGAGGACCUCUUCGUGGUCAGCAAGCUGUGGUGCACCUUCCAUGAGAAGUCUCUGGUAAAGGGAAUCUGUGAGAAGACUCUAAGUGACCUAAAACUGGACUACCUGGAUCUCUACCUAGUGCACUGGCCCAUGGGGUUCAAGCCUGAAAGUGGAUUAUUUCCCAUGGACAGCACUGGAGAAGUCAUCAGUGACAAUACCUGCUUCCUGCAGACAUGGGAGGGCAUGGAAGAGUUGGUGGAUGCUGGGUUGGUUAAGGCCAUCGGUAUCUCCAACUUUAACAAGGAGCAGACUGAGGCCAUCCUCAACAAACCAGGCCUCAAGUACAAGCCUGCCAUCAACCAGGUGGAGUGCCAUCCAUACCUGACCCAAGAGAAACUCAUCAAUUACUGCCAAUCUCAGGGCAUUUCAGUGACGGCCUACAGCCCCCUGGGCUCCCCUGACAGACCCUGGGCUAAACCUGAAGACCCCGCACUCAUGGAAGAUCCCAAAAUUAAGGCCAUUGCGGAGAAGCACAAGAAGACACCUGCCCAGGUCUUAAUCCGCUUCCAAAUCCAGAGAAACGUGAUCGUGAUUCCCAAAUCUGUUACACCCCAGCGCAUUCAGGAGAAUUUCCAGGUAUUUGACUUUGAGCUUUCCGAGGAGGAAAUGAAGACUAUAUUAGGAUUCAACAGGAACUGGAGAGCCUGUCCCAUGCAGUGGAGCUUGAAGCACAAGGACUAUCCCUUCAAUGCCGAAUUCUGAGACAACACGCAUAGGCCAUAAGAUUACAGUGGGUGCCUAGUUGUGUUUCAGACGUGUAUUCUGCUAUAGCCACAGAAAAGUGUUUCUCCUUUCUUCCUUCCAUACUUCUUUGCUCUUUAGAGCAGUGUUACAACACUUAAUUACAACACAACAGUUAACAGUUACAACAGUGCAAUGAGGCUACACUGAGGCCGAAUAUUGGUUACUGCUACAUUAAUCGGGAGAAGCAUAUAUUUCUUUUACUGCUACAUUAAUCGGGAGAAGCAUAUAUUUCUUUUGUUCCCUGUAUUGCCUGCUUAUGAAUACACACCCCAUACAAGUUACAGAUGUUGGUACCUAAAAGACUGAGCAGCUCAGGUUAACGUGCCACAAUAUUUUGCAUUAACAGUUAAUUCAAAUUACAUAGAAGGUCAUUUAACGGUUAAUAAUUUUUUUGGUCAUGAAAUUGGUGCAGGCACAGUGGAGCAUUUUUGUUCUGAUUGUUGCUGAUCUCCAAGCCUCAAGACUUGAUCUGAUGGUCUCGUGUAAUUACUUUGUCUACAUACUGUAUCUAAGUCUCAAGCACUCCAAGAAUUUAAUUUAAAUGGCUUUGCACUGAA